AUGAUCAAAGUUCGCGCCAGAAUCCUAAAAACCCGAUGGCGCUGCUGCUCUAGACGACUCUGUUGGUCCUUUGUUACGCCUCCAAAUAAUCUGUAUGCCUAUAGAGCAUACAUUGAAACAUUACUGAACUAUGGAACAGAUUCAAAGUCACCUUGGGCUACGAAUAGCUAUGGUGCAAUGGAUUCUACUGCUGUAGCGGUGGGCGAUGCGAGAACCAACAAUGGGCUAGCGGCACGUCAGGCAUUUCCUAAAGAGCUACGCGUUCGUCUUAUGCGUGCAAAGGAUUACUAUUGUGUUAUGGACGAUAGUGUCCUGAAUUUUAAGGUGCAUAUAGAAGAAGCCUCCUUAAUAGUUUGCCGUGUGAAACUCAGCCCUGGACUUUCGAUAGCUCACGCUAAAACGCUUGCAAAGACAACUGCCAAAUAUCCUUUGACACGGGUGGAGGUCAAAUCUUUUGUUCUCCAUAGGAGGAUUAUGGGAGAGACAAUAGACAAUGCGAUUUUGGGGCAGCUACCUAAAAGAAUCAUACUGGGAUUUGUUGAAAAUUCCAGUUUCAACGGAUCGAGGAAGAAGGAUCCCUUCAACCUUCAAUAUUUUGGGAUAAACUUUUUAUGGCUGAAUGUCGAUGGACGUCAAGUACCUACAAAACCUCUGCAGCGAAGUUCCACCUCUGGCGUCUGCCUAGAUGUGGAGGCAUUCAACGCCCUAUUUGCUGUUCGCUUCAAUGGAGCUACAGAGCAGAAUGUAAAUUGCCUGUUGUACGCCGAAUAUGACAAUUUGCUAGCAAUUGAUUCCACACGGCAGGUUAUUGUCGACUACAGUGGAUGA